AUGAAUAAUAAAGCAAAGCUUGUGUGUUCGCGCUCAGUCUUCCUGGGGAACGCGUUCUGUGUUCAUGUCGAUGUUCCUAGACAAAGGAGAGGAUAUAAUGACAAUGAGCUGGACUCUGAUGACUCGCGGAGUGAUCUGAUGAGCACAGACACCUCAGUAGACGAAGCUUCAGUCGCGCCCAUAGACCCAGCUGUAACCCUUCCGCCCGUCACCAACACCUACGAAGACAAGCGCAAGGAGUUCCAAUCACCUCCUCUGGACUCCUUCGAUGAUGAUGAUGAUGACUUCCCGGAGAUGCAGACGUCGUCCACGGGCGGCGGUGGCGGGAGCAAUAUUAUCAGUUUGUUGAAUCUGGUGAAUGGGCUGUUCCCGUCAUCUGGAGGCGCCAACUUUCAGAGAAUACUUCGCAGUAUGCUUCGAGAAUACAUAAGACGUUAUCCACAACCUCUGCUCCUACCUCAAAACAUAUUAUUACGUAGACAAGGAAUCUUUGAUAAUGAAAUUGACAUUGACGAAACUUUCGACCUGAGACCACCUCCUUUCCAAAGGCAAGAAAGCGAUGAGAAUGGUUCGAAUAGUGAUAGUAAUGUAUCAGAUACGAAAGAAUCAGAUGAAGGUAAAAAAAGUAAGGAAAAAUCUGACGAACAUAAUUCUAACGAAAGUAAUGAAUCUGACGAAAAUGAUGCUGGAGAAAGUUUAGAAGAUGAUGGUGAUGACAAUGACAAUAACGAUAAUAAUGCGUCUCAGCAAGGCGAGGAUUCUAAGCCGGCGUCGGAUGGAAAUGGAGAUGAUAACAAUAGCGAUAACGAUUCAGAUUAUGAUGACGAUGAGCCGCCUGAAGGAGAUGGGCAAGGCGGUGGGAUAUUGGGAAUUUUGGCUGGGUUGAGUGGUGAUAACGGCGAGUCAGAUCUUGGUUCUUUGCUAGCAACAAUCAGUGGUAUUGUGGUGAAUCUCAGCGGAGAUGGUAUUGAUGUGAACAGUCUCAUAGCGUCCGGCAUAGGACUAUUCGUUGGUCUGUUAUCAGAAGGCGAAGAGAACCCAGGCACAGUAAUAGCGCAGUAUCUUUUGACGUCAUUGGACACUAUCACUGGAGGUGGCGCAAAAAAGAACGGAGCAUUCUUUGGAAAGUUCUUAUCUAAACUAAUCAGCGGAACCAGUGCGGGUGAGGCCCCAGAGGGCGCUUCAGACGAGAGCGGAGAGCAGCAAGGCCCCAAGGACUCCGCAGGGUUCUUGGCCAGUCUACUAAUGGGGCUAUCGGGUGACAUGUCCAAGACUAGCUCAGCUGGGAGCUCCAAAUGGUGAUCGAUAGGAUCUGGAACCGUUGGGACCACACAACCACAAUGGUCCAUGAAUCUGACCUGGUUGUUGGUCUAGUGGACUUUCUUUCUGCCUAUUAGGUGUGUUUAUAAUUGUUAGCUGCGAGCGAGGCCCCAGAGGGAGCUUCAGACGAGAGCGGAGAGCAACAGGGCCCAAAGGAUUCCGCCGGGUUCUUGACCAGCCUGCUCAUGAGGCUCUCGGGAGACAUGUCCAAAACCAGCUCGGCUGGGAGCUCCAAAUGGUGAUCAUUUAGAAUCUGCGGGACCAUUGGGAUCACCCAACGCAAAUGGGCCAUGGAUCUGAUAAUCAAUGGGUUGCUGGAGUGGUGGACUAUCUUUCUGAAUUUGGUGUGUUGAAUUGUAUUCAAUUUUAAAUAAUUAAUUCAUCAUCUUCUUUGAGUUUUCCUUGCUUAUUGCCAAGUCUUAUGGGAUCUGCUUGAUAAAUUGGGCCCUGUUGGUAUUCCACGUAAAAAAAUCCUAUAUCAAUAUCAAAAGAAUGAAAGCAACAGUGGAUGGUACAGAAAUUAUAAAGACUGGAAUUAUUUAUUACACUUAAAUAUAACAACCGUAUUAAAUGUGAUAAUUAAUAUUAAGGACAAUAAUGUACAUAAAUGAUAAUUAAAAUAUUAAAUACUUAA